AUGGUCAAGCCUCCACAGAGAAAGCAACGUGAUUGUGGAAACCAAUCCAAACUAAAGUCUCGCUUAAGUGUCUCAAUCCCUUUGAGGAUGUCCAGUUACAUAUUCAAGAGGCCAGUUACCAGAAUCACAUCUCAUCGUGGCAAUGAGGUCAGAUGCCAUCACUGGGAGGAAACUCUGGAGAAGCCCCAACAGGUGUACUGGCAGAAGAGGCUGCAAGGUCUCCAGGCCUGCAGCAGCACAGGGGAGCCAUUAAGCACUUUGGAUCUUGCGAAAAUCUUACAAAAACUUGCACCUACAUGCACAGGUGACUAUCUGCCAGGUGUUCUUGCAGGGGGUCUGAACUCUAGCUCCAUACCCAACCCUGCUGGGUCUUCAGAUUUGGCAAAGUUGAUUCCAGGAGCUGGCCUGACUAUCCCACAGCUCCUGUGCAAACAAUUUCUGGUGACUGAGGAAGAUAUCAGGAAACAGGACAGGAAAGUGAAGACAGCAAGACGAAGGUUGGCCAUGGCACUGGCUGUAGACAGGUUCGCUAGAGAGACAGAGAAUAUGAGGGACCAAGAAAGACAUUCCAAAAAACACCACGAAAAGAAAGAGAAGCUGGUGCAGAUGAAAUGCAGCACAGCACUUUAUUAA